CUACAGAAAGUGGAGUUGCGCGGGAAGCGGCGGGAAGCGGCGGCUCGACAACACGCAAGGGGAGGGGGCAGUUACUGGCAGGACAAUUUCCCUGCAAAUAGUGGCAGUACAUGACUUUAUUUCUCAUAUCCUUCUACAAACGGCGCUGAUUUGUUUGGAUUUGAGUUAAGACUGUUCCUCAUUAUUUCCGAUGUAAGCUUUGAUACGGCUACCCACAAGUCUGCUGUCAAUUUCGUACUGAACAAAGAAAACUUCACGAAAAUGGAUGAAGAUUACCAGCUAGCACUUCUCCUUCAAAAUGAAUUUAAUGAUGAGGAUCGUCCGGAAAUGAUACAGGAACAAUGGAAUAGCAAAGAAGUCCAGAAGAGAAACAACGAUAAGAAGACUGAAUCACUCGUGGACCCUCAAUGGGAGUUCAUCGAUCCGACACCAGACAUUCAUGUGUUGUUUCUUCAGUUCAAUGAUCGAUUUUUCUGGGGCAAAUUGCACACAGUUGAAGUUAAAUGGAGUAACCGAAUGACUUCCUGUGCUGGAGUCUGUGUCUAUCAAGGGCGGUCAGGAUUCUGCUCCGUGCGACUUAGCCUUCCCCUUCUGAAACUACGCCCCCGGAAAGACUUGGUGGAAACUCUUCUACAUGAGAUGAUUCACGCCUUUUUAUUUAUCACCAAGAACAACAGAGACAGAGACGGACAUGGCCCAGAAUUCCAUAAACAUAUGAACCGCAUCAAUCAAGAGGCUGGCACUCAUAUUUCAGUUUAUCAUUCAUUCCACGAUGAAGUGCGCCUUUACCAACAGCACUGGUGGCGGUGCAGUGGGCCAUGCCACAAGCGACCACCCUUUUUUGGCAUGGUUCGACGUACAAUGAAUCGAGCCCCAGGUCCUGCAGACAAUUGGUGGAAGCAGCAUCAAGAUACAUGUGGCGGCCGGUUCGUCAAAGUAAGAGAGCCUGAAAACACUAAAAAGAAAUCAUCAGACUCCAAAAGUAAAUCAGAUCAAAGCAAUAGCGGAGAUAUUCGUUCUUUCUUCCCAACUAAGGGGCCAUCGUCAAUGCCGGUGGGUGGACUGGGGAAAUCAAACAACAUGCCUGGCACCAGUGGCUCAAACAACUUUAAUAAUUUUCCCAAAGUUGGUGCUGCUCCCCCUAAGGACGUUUUUGGUGGCACUCCGCAAGGUGCUCUUUUUAAGAAACCCACCAUGAGCAAUGUGCAUGGCUUUGGAGGAGGUGAUGCAUCAUCCUUCAAACCUGUUGCCAACCCAGCUGUGAACAAUGUUUUCGGAUUUGGAGACAUGCAGGGUCAAGGAAGAAAGCAGCCAACAGGAUCAAGUCAACCUAGUGGAAAAGGCUACACUCUUGGAGGGAGUGGAAAACCACCUUACCAGAGAGGUGGUGCUUAUGGAGGAAUGUUGGCUAACAAAGGGGGUGGAACCCUUGUUGUGUCUGGGACUUCCAACAAAUUUCGAGAUUCGCCAGGUCCAUCAAACAGCACGACAUCAGAGCCUGGCCCAUCAUCUGCCCCAAUACAAGCAUUUUCUGGAAGUGGCUAUGUUCUUGGUAAGGGGGCUCCUCAAAAGCCGGUCACCUCUUCUUCUACUGCUCCAGGGUCUUUGCCAAAGAAACCCAGCCUGUUUCCAAAAAGUAGUUACCCUGCUUUCACCAAACAAGAGAAUGACUUUCAGAUCACUGCUGAGCCUUCCAAAAGACUUUCUCCUAAGUCCAGUGGGGACAUUCCUAAUAAAAAGAAGUUGCUUGAUGGAGAAUCGAGUACUUCUGAUCGUGUACGAGUGACUUGUCCUGUGUGUAACAAGGAAGUUUAUGAGUCAGAGAUAAACUCUCAUCUGGAUGAGUGCUUCAAUAAUCCCCCUCCUGAGGCUGAUGUUAAAACUGAUGACGUGAUUGUUUUAAGUGAUGAUGAAGAUUUGGAAGACAAGGAGGCAAAGUCUAUCAAAACAGAAUAUUUUGUUGAGUGCCCAGGUUGUAAUAAGAAAAUAUUGGAGAGUGAACUUGACUCCCAUUUAUCCUCAUGCCUGAGCCAUUCAUUUGAUGAUGAAGCUGUAGAUGAUGAUGUACUAUUUAUUCCCAAUAGAGAUGCAAAGGCCAAGUGUCCCAUUUGCUGUGAAAGUAUACUUGCAGCAGAUAUGGAUAAACAUCUUGACAACUGCGCAAGUUGCAGUGUUCAAGAUUUGUCCAAUGUGUUUGAUGAAGAAAUGAGUGAUGAAGAGGAGGAUGCUGCUGUUGGUUCCCCAUCUAAACGUGUCUCUGAUACAGGUGAACGGCUGUACCCUUGUCCAUGUUGCCUGAGAAUGAUUGAAACUACUAAAAUGAAUGACCACCUUGAUCAGUGCAAUUUCUUUUAAAUGUUUAAACUUAUUUAUUUUUAUAGUCAUUGUAAUUUUGUAUCUGUGACCAACUAACUCUUAAGUAUUGUUUAACGAAACUACUGGUGAGUUCCCUUGAUGUUCAUUGAUCUUCAGUUCAUUCUAUGAUAGAGACGAGGAUGAUGUUUGUAGAUGUUGUUUCAAUCAGUGUGCAAGUGCCAAUUGUCUGAUUUGCAGAACAAGUACACCAGGUAUUUCCCUAAACAUCUACUACUCGUUGGGUUUUGUGUGAUUAAAAGUUGGAACUUUUGUUAAAUAUUCUUUAAUUCUUGUCAUCAGCCAUUGCUUUUGUAUUAUUUGAUUUUUGUUAUUUUAAAUUUAGUGUUAUGGCAUUGUUUGUUCAAUCAUGAAACUUUUUAAAGAAUGUGAUAUUUCUAGUUUACUUUGACAUUAGAGCUGAUAAGGUUUAUUAAGGUACCUGUAUUUUCCUAAUGCAUGGUUUCGCAUCACAAAAGUAUUACCUCAUUCCAUGAUUGGCAAUGAGACUAAUUAUUAAAAGAUGUUGAUCUCCUUGAUUUAA